UGUAAAACACCCUCAACAAGACCGAUAAUUUAUCAGUUACUAUCUACUACGAAGCCCUCUGCAGUGACAGCAUGGUGUUCUUCACCCAUCAGCUGUACCCGUGCUGGUUACGCCAUGAAAAUGAAAUGAAGCUACGCCUGGUACCAUUUGGAAAGGCUUGGGUUGAAGAGCAGCCAAACGAAUCACCCAAAUUUCAUUGCCAGCACGGACCGCAAGAAUGUCAACUGAACGUUUUGCACGGUUGCAUUCUUAACAAGAUGCCACUCAAAAAAGCUUUUUCCGUAGUGACAUGCCUUAUGAAGAACUUCAACACAAACUUUGACCAGUGCGUCGAAGAACAUGCAUCGUAUAAAAACGCCGUUGUUAAAUGCAGCCAAGGGCAGCUAGGAGUUAAUUUGUUCACAAAGUUUGCCAACAGAAUGGGUGCCAAUUAG